AGAGGCGGUGGAUUAUGGGACCGUGUCACGGCAUCUUUUAGAGUUUUUGGCUGCUCUAUGCACCGCGUGACUCACACUUCAUUGAGUCAGUAUUGACAUCUCUGUGUGGCAGCUUGGAAUCUCUAUUAAGGCGAACACACGGAGCCAUGCAGCGGGACACUACUACGGCGUGUCGGAGCCGGCCGCACAAGUGACGUCCUCCCUCCGCAUCCGCGCCGCAGUCGUCUCAACGCGAAGGAAUAUCGCGCAAGGCUUCCUCCUCGCCAGACGGACGCCGACCUGCGUCAUCAAGGUGGAGAGAUGAGCACGUGCGGUGAACAAAGGCGGCAGAAUUAAAACGAGAAGAUGCCCAAGUUGAGACGUUGAAGCAGCUUACCAUGACGAUGAAAAGCUUGUCCAGCAGCCACGGCCACCAUCACGCCGUCGCCUGUGACCCUUCCUACGACUCGGGGACGCUCGGUCAUUCGGAUCGGCAGCCCUGCUUCCUGAAGCCGGCGGAGGCUCACCCCGCCCAGCGUCCGUGCUACACCCAGCGCAGCUCCUUUCAGUCAGAAUGCAGCGCCUACCCCGAUCUGGCCAGCUGCACCUUCCCUCGCAGACAUUACAGCUCCCAUCACGAGCUGAAGGAGUGCGGGGCUCUGGUGCCGUAUACGGGGCCAACAGGAACGCUUAAAGGAAGCGGCGGCAAAAAUAACAACAACCGGGUUCCGUGUAACCUGCUGGAACAGUUGGACCACCAGGCCCCGGUGCGGCGAGAAGGCUACCAUACGCUGCAGUACAAGCGCACGGCAGUGGAACACCAACGCAGUGACAGCCCAGGACGAAUCCGCCACCUUGUUCACUCCGUCCAGAAGCUUUUCACCAAGUCCCACUCCCUUGAGGGACCCUCCGGAUCCGGUACCACCGGGAGGAUGAACGGCAGCAAAUCCAACCCCGACGACCCUCCGUCUUCGUCGGGAACCCUGAAACACAACAAGCGCAGCAAAAACAAAGACAGAUCCAAGUCGGAGCCCAAGAUGCGUAGCGCCAUAUCCGGUUACUGGAGCUCGGAUGACACCCUGGACCGGGAGAUGUGCCUGCACCACCAACGCAGCGCGGGCCAACCUUUGGGCGUUAUGACCAUGGGGCGCCACCCGGAGAAGUCGCAGUCGCAGUACUUCAUGGAGUCCUACAACACCAUCAGCGCCCACUCCCUGAAGACAUCUCGCAGCAACAACGACGUGAAGUGCUCGUCAUGCUCCGGCGGCGGCGGUGGCGGUGCUCUCCCGCUGAUGGGCGCACUGGACAGCCAGUUGCAGCUCAAGAAGAGCUCGUGGUCUUCGACUCUGACGGUGAGCCGAGCACGAGAGGUCUACCAGAAGGCCUCCGUCAACCUAGAAAAAGCACUAGUGAAAGGCGAGCAGGGACGCACCUGCCACUUCCUGCAGGUACCUCAGGAUGACUGGGGUGCUUUCUCGCCACUGGCAAAGGAUGACGAGAUCCCCUGCCGGAGAAUGCGAAGCGGCAGCUACAUCAAAGCCAUGGCCGAAGAUGACAGCGGCGAUUCGGACUGCAGUCCCAAACCUUCGCCCAAGGUGCAGGCGCGACGGGCUAGUUACCUGAAAGCCACGCAACCGUCGCUCACCGAGAUGACCACGCUCAAGAUUUCCACGGAGCACUCGCCCAAGCUGCAGAUCAGGAGUCACAGCUAUCUGCGGGCGGUCAGCGAGGUUUCUAUCAAUAGGAGCUUGGACAGCUUGGACCCGGCGGGGCUGCUGGCCUCUCCCAAGUUCCGCUCGCGAAACGAAAGCUACAUGCGAGCCAUGAGCACGAUCAGCCAGGUGAGCGAGGUCGAGGUGAACGGGCAGAUUGAAGCGGUGUGCGAGUCGGUCUUCAGCGAGAUGGAGUCGCAGGCGGUGGAUGCGCUGGAUCUGCCCAUGACCGGCUGCUUCCGCGUGCGCAGCCACAGCUACGUGCGCGCCAUCGAAAAGGGAUGCUCGCAGGAGGAAGAGGAGGAAGCGACGGGGCGCGCGGCGGCGGGAGGCGGGGCCAGCAGGAAGCCUGGAUCGCCCCCACGUAGCGCCACGACUGUCAGAACCAUCCAGAGCAGCACAGUGUCGUCAUGCAUUACCACCUACAAGAAGACCCCCCCGCCAGUCCCUCCGCGUACCACCCCAUCCAAGCCAUUCAUAUCCAUCACGGCGCAGAGCAGCACCGAGUCGGCCCAGGAUGCCUACAUGGACGGCGGCUCGGGCCCGCGCAAGGGCAUCAGCUCGCAGCCGGGCCUCUCCAACUCCACCGAGAGCAUCGACAGCAUGAAGGCCCUGACGGCGGCUAUCGAGGCGGCCAACGCUCAGGUCCACGGCCCGGCCAGCCAGCACGUCACCAACAGCACCGUCACGGUCACGUCCACCGCCAUCGCCCACGUCGCCGCCGACAGCAAGGCGCAAAAGGAAGCGCUGCGCAAGUGCCUCUCCAUCGGGAUCCAGGUGGAGCCGGAGGAGGAGGGGCUGACAGAGGAGCAAUCCAAGUUUCACUCCAUUGGAAUCCAGGUGGAAGAUGAGCGCUGUCACCGCCGCAUGACCCGCUCCAAUAGCGUCACCGCCGCCGUCCAGGCCGACAUGGACAACCCUUCGGAUGGCCCGCAGCUGCCGCCGCCAUUCCACUGCGCCACCAUGCCACGCCAGCACUCCCGCGAAGCCGCCACCUCCGCCGCUUCCACGGUGCGCAUCCAAGGCUCGGGCAACCACUACCACGCCUGCGCCGGCGAGGAUUAUGGCGAAGCGGGAUUCGACGCGUCCAUCCUGCCCCCUCCGGACCCGUGGAUGGACAGCGCCGCCGAGCCGGAAGCGGCAGAGGGAGCGCCGGAGGCCGUUAGCCGAUCGGUUUGCCCCCGCGAUGGACGCUGGUUCCUUAAACUGCUUCAGGCGGAAACGGAGCGUAUGCAGGGAUGGUGUCGUCAGAUGGAGCAAGACCAGACGGACAACCAGCUGCCGGAUGACGUCCAGGGCAAGAUCCGCAGUGCAGUGGGGAGCGCCCAGCUGCUCAUGUCCCAGAAGUUCCAGCAAUUCCGGGAGCUGUGUGAGGAGAAUCUGAACCCUGACGCGCAUCCGCGACCCGUCUCCCAGGACCUGGCUGGCUUCUGGGACAUGCUGCAGCUGUCCAUCGAGAAUAUCAGCCUCAAGUUUGAUGAGUUGCACCAACUCAAAGCGAACAACUGGAAGCCUCUGACGCCCCUGGAGAUCCAGGAGAGACAUGCGCCCCCUCCUGUGCCAAAGAGGUCCCAGAAGGGCCACGCCCCGCUGGCGAGGGACCGCUCUCUGGAGAGCUCCGAGCGGCAGCGUCUGGAGGCCCGCAAGCGCCUGCUCGCUGCCAAGCGUGCCGCCUCGGCGCGCCAAAGCUCCGCCACGGAGAGCGCCGACAGCAUUGAGAUUUACAUCCCCGAGGCGCAGACACGAUUAUGAAACACACACGCCAUGCGCGCAGUAGUAGCACUGGAUGGUGAGGGUGCUAACGGACUUUAUCACAUCACUGUCGCCAUGGAAAUAAGUAUAUUUGGAUUAUUUAUUGAUUGAUUUAUCGAGCCCCCGUGCUCUCCCUCCCACCUCUUUCAGCUUUAAUGUAGCACCCACACCUCCCUCAAGUCCUUUCCCACCGCUCACACACAAGCUCGCACUCUAAUGAUGUCUUAUAUCAUUUACAGAGCACCAGAAUGUUUUUUUUCUUUUUUUUUUUUAAUGUGGCCACAUUAUAGAUACACUGGUGCCUUGAGAUAAAAAUGAAAAUCGCUCUGUGACCACGCUCAAAUCAUCCCCCUCAUUGAAUGAAUGGAAAUGAGCCAACUUGAUUUCGAAAGCACUUCAAAAACACAACCAUAGAUGAAUACAAAGCGCUGUGCAUCAAAGAACUCGAUUAACUUCAGUCGGAAGUCAUCUCAAAGCACCACUGUACACUGUUCGCUAGCUAUCUAGCAUACCCGGACGUCCAAGUUGUUAACUGGGAAUGAUAUUAAAGCCGCCAACGUACUGUAUAUUCCGUGCACACGCUGUAUCAAUUUUAUAUAUUCUAUUCAUUUAUUUAUUUCAUUGGGAUGAAUCAAAACAAGACUAAACAGCGUAAAUGUGCCGGACCUAGCAUAAAUGCUAGUUUUCAGUCGUAGUCCCAAACUAUCUAUUUCGUGGCCACAAAUUAGCAGAUUUUUAAAUCUGAUGUACUCCUAAUUCAUUUUUUUUUAAUCCCAUGCCAUGGGCUCUCUGUACACAACCCCGUGAAGCCGUACAAUGAGGUGCAGCGUUGUAGCAUGGUGAGUCAACAAAAUUCUCUUGCGCUGGUCAAGAGAUUCCAUUUUGUCUGCGCGGGUGUGCAGCUUUUCCAGAAAAUGGAAAGAAUCACAAUUAUUUAUUAUUCUUAUUCUUGUUUACGGUGCCACAAAGGCCAUCUAGUCUGUGAUGAGUCAGUUUGUGUGUGCGUGUUUGUGUGUGUGUGUCUCUGCGUUACAAUGCAAUAGAUCUUUAUCGAUAUGGAGCAGCUGUAUCAAUGCGCUUUACGGACCAUUUAACGUAAAAUAACAAUCCAAGAGAAGACAUCACCGAAAAUAGAGAUAAUAAUUGACGAUUGAAGGGUUUAACGUUAAGCGCCCCCCCCCCCCCCAGACAAAACAUUAGGUACAUCCGCACAAACAAAAUCAAUCCAAACGAUUCAGCCGUGGCAUUGAUGUUUACUUUUGUGGUGUAUGUUGAAUGCGUUAGCAUGAUUUAUGGUAUUGUACAACUUAAGUAUUUGGGUUUUUUAUUUUUAUUUUUUUACGACAACACUUUUAAUCCCCAAAGGUCGACAAAUCUUUAUUUAGAAAUUCCUCACUGUUUAUUUUUUUAUUUUAUUACAUUUUCACAUAUGUAAAUAAUAGUUUUUUAAUAUAUCCAAUGUCUCGCCCAAAACGAGCAUUCUUUUUGUAUAAGUAUUUUCGAUCGUCCUUUUUUUACGAUGCAAAUUUGAAUCCCGGAAGGCAAAUUCACUUCAGUGUAAAUUCCACUCAAUUUAUUUUUCGUGUAAUUGUAUAAAAUACCAGUGUGACGUUCCGCCAUUGUUUCGUUAUAUUUUCGUACUUUAGUGCAAAUAGUGAAGGCGAUCAUCCUUAUAUUUUACCGAUAGCGGCCAUUUUAGCCUAUCACUGAAUUUAUUUUAUUUUCAUGAUAUUAUGUAUUUUUCCUAAAUUUGAAUUUCUGAAGAAAAUGAACUUGUAUACAAAUUCCACUCCUUUUUUUUUUUAAUAGCUUCAUGAAAUCAUGCUAUUAUUUUUUGCACUUUAAUUAUGUUACUGUAUAAAUCACGGGUGUCAAACUCAUUUUUUGUUGCAGGCCACUUCAGAGUUAUGGCUUCCCUUGGAGGGAAUACCCAUGACAAUUUGACAUUUCGGUCCAGAAUUCAGCAAGAAUCAUGAUAGUUGACACACAUGAUUUGCUCCCACGGGCCACAUAAAAUGACAUGGGUGGCCGGAUCUGGGCCCCGGGCCUUGACUUUGACACAUGUGGUAUAAAUGAUGGAAUCAUAACAUUGCGUCAAAACUAAGCAGGAUCAACUUUCAGGCAGAAUAUACACAAGGCUGAAAUAUCGGAUUGCAUUGUGUGGGUGUACCUAAUAAUGUGGGUGUGCAGGUCGACGCACCCGGCCAGGUGCUCUCAGAUAAUUUUGGUGGGUUGUUUUUAAGAAACUUUUUUUGGGUAUCAUUUUAUGACAUCAUUGACAGUAUUAAGACAAGACGGCGAGACAUUUUCCUCCCCAUUGCCGCACUGUGCUAACUCGCUGAUCAUAGCACAGCAUGUUUUUAUUUCAUUUUUUAUCAAUAUUUUCUCGUCACCUUGUGGUCAUAAUUGUUGUUGUUGGUUUUAUUGUUCAUUUAUUUAUUAAGGGACUGUUUACCGGCGCACUGACUUUGAGGCCCUUCUACUGUGUUUCCUCCUUUCUGUUUUCCCUUUGCGCCUUAAUUUGGACAGUCGAGCACAACGUCUCAGGGGAAGACGUGUGUGUGUGUGUGCGUGCGUGUGUGUGCGUGUGUGUGUAUGACUGUAUCUGUUGUCUCUGCUGUCAAUCAAGUGGAAUUUGCCAUCACAUAGGAAGUUAGAAGGCUAGUUUAGGAGACCUGACCAGUCGGCUGGUUUGAAUUGACCUCAUGUUUUGUGCCAUUGGACGCGUUACUGAAGUGACAAGAUUUGCCUGCUAAUCAGUAGCCCCUCUCACAUAACCUGGAAAAGACUUUUUUGGGGGGUUUUCCAGGAGAAAGUGACACAAAGUGUGGGGGAGGGAGGAGUCCAAAGUCAACACAGCAAUUUUGGACGUUUCAAAAGAAAACAUUUCGGAGCUGUAAUUGCAAGACCGUGAAGCGACAGUUUUGGACUCGAUGUGAAAGGAGAAGGCACAUGUACGGAUAUUUAUGGAGGGAAGUGCUCAAGCACACCCCAAAAAAAAUCCAUCCGCCAAAAUUAUUGACACAUGUGGUAUGAAAACAUUUUGGGGGGACUUGAUGAUGGAGAGUUUUGUUUUUUUAAACAAUAAAAAAUUUAAUAAAUAGGGUAUAGGGUGCUAAUCAAGAGCGAGAAGGAUGGUGCUGGAGCACUACAAGGGUGCGCCCAGGAUUUUUUUAAAUUUAUUUUUUAAUGUCAGGUCUGAUGUGACAAUUUUAUACAUAUAUAUAUAACAUUUGGCUCCUCUGAUGAAGCAAUUUGCAGGAUCUCAAUGUGAAAGAGGCUCUUGACUAGCUGACGUUUGUGGGAUUUUUGUUUGUUUGUUUUGGAGAAGUGGAUGCGUGUUUUAUAUGCCAAUGCUCAUUUUUAUGUUUUUAUUCUUUUCUGGAAUUGUGUGUGUGUGUCAAGUUCCUAAAAUGGCACUGUUCAUCAUCAUGAUAAGAACAUAUCAGCUCCUGGUGUAGCAGGGAGUUUGUGAUGUAGUUCAAUUGUACAUAAAUGAAUGUUUUUCCCCCCCUAUGUAAAUGAAAUCAGAUAAUCUUAUGGAGCAGACAUUUUUUUUUGUAAUUAAUGUUGCUACGUGUUUAAUGGAUGUGAUGGCACAUGUGUGCGAGCAUUAAAAUGAACCCUGUGGCCAUU